AUGUCUGCCGAAGCUCCCAAGCCUGUCGAGGCCCCUGUCGCCGCAGAGGCUCCCAAGACCGUCGAAGAGACCCCAGCUGUGGCAGCUGAUAACCAGGUUGAGGCUUCUGCCGUCGCCGAACCUACACCAGCCGUCGAGGAGGCAAAGAAGGAAGAGGUCGCCGACUCUACUCCAGUCAAGGAGGAAGUUAAGCCUGUUGAGGAGGGUAUUCUUGGAUACAAAGGACCUGGCCUGUUGAAGAGUUUCAUCUUCCAGAAGAAAUUCUUCUACUUCGGAUCUGAGCCCGUCGAUUCGAAGACUCUCUCAAGCUACCUCCGUGGCGAGAAGGCUCAAGAUGUUGCCGGUAAGAAUGUCGCCUGGGCUGCACACACAGGCAAUGGACUCCUGUUCUUCACCAAGAAGGCCAGCGAGAAGGCCACCCCCGCGGGAAUAUUCAAUCUGUCUGAGAUUUCGGAUAUCGCUGAAGAGGGUACCGUCGAUUUCGCAUUUACCCUUGGUGGACACAAGCACAUCUUCCAGGCCAGCUCUAUCACAGAGCGCGACAACUGGGUGGCUGUGUUGAAAUCCAAGUCCGCCGAGGCCAAGGAGCUUGCCCCAACCGUUGUCGAGAGCGAGGAAUAUAAGAAGACCCACACAGAAUUGACCAAGCCGGCUGUUGUUGCCACUGCCACCCCCGCAAAGGUCGAGGCACCCAAGGAGGAGAAGGCUGAGGAGAAGGCUGAGGAAAAGAAAGAGGCCAAGGAAGAGAAGAAAGAGGAGAAGAAGGACCGCAAGAGCCGCUCUGCUUCCCGCAAGCGAACUUCCAUCUUUGGGGGCUUUGGCAUUGGCAAGAAGGAGGAGAAGUCUGAGGUGCCCGUUUCAUCCGAGGAAUCUGGGCCUGCUCCCGUGUCAGCUGCCGAAGAGCCUGCAGUUGCCCCAGCCGUUGCCGCUCCUACCGAACCAGCCACCCCCAAGCCCGAUGUCACCGAGCCGACCCCAGCUGUUGAGGAGACUGUAGCCACCGCCCCAGCUGAGAAGCCGGCUCAAUCUAAGCGUAACAGCAUCUUCGGCACCCUCCAAUCCCGCUUCUCCCACAAGGAGAAGAAGCCAGACGCUGAAGUCGCACCUGUCGUCCCAGCUAAGGAGGCUGAGCCGGUUUCUGAAACUGCCCCCGUCAUCCCAGCUGUUGAGUCCAGCGAGCCACUUGCUCCUUCGGUCGCUACUCCCACCGCUGCCCCAACCGAGUCUACUGAAGUUCAGGCUACCAACGGCGAGGCUAAGGCUACCGAUACCCCAACUGCUAAGAGCGAGAAGCGCAAGAGCACUCUCCAAUGGUUGAGCAAGAAGGAAAAGACCGGCAGUGAUGAGGAGGGUGAGAAGCCAAAGUCUCCAUUCGCCAAGCUCCGUGCUACCGUAAAGGGCAAGACCUCUCCCAAGGCCGAAAAGGUCAGUGAGAAGCCAGCUCCCACCGAGGAGAGCGCUGCAGAGACCGCUACCCCUGCUGUCCAAGAGCCUGAGAAGGUUGCCCCUGCUUCUACUCCAGCGGUGACUGCCUCUGCAUGA